ACCCUCUCCCAUUGGAUGACUCACCACCCAAUCAUAUAAAUCACUGUUCUCGUUUCUCAUUAUUUCCAAGUCCUUUUUCACACUAUCAGUUGUGUUGAACAACGAUCAUCUCUGCCUCUUCAACUUCACCAUUCUCAAACAUGGACUCCGAAUCAGUGAUUGAGUUUCUGGGCUGCGUUCCUCUGCUUCAGAGACUACCCAGCUCCUCGCUCAAGAAAAUCGCCCAGCUUGUAAUUUUAAAGCACUACGAAAAAGGAGAGUAUGUUGUUCGUGAAGGGGAGGUUGGGAUUGGGGUUUACUUCAUUUGGGAAGGAGAGGCUGAAGUUACUGGGUCUGUUAAUGCUGAUGAAGACAAUCGGCCGGAGUUUCAGUUGAAGCGAUAUGAUUACUUUGGUUAUGGUUUUAAAGCAUUAGGUCAUCAAGCUGAUGUAAUUGCUUCAUCUAAGCUGACAUGCUUGGUGCUACCCCAUGAACAUUAUUCUCUGCUGCAGCCAAAAUCAAUCUGGCAUGCUGAUAAAGCUCUUGAGACAUGCUCUCUUGUUGAGAAUAUAUUGCAUUUGGAGCCAAUUGAAGCAAAUAUAUUUCAGGGGAUUACUUUACCGGAGGCACCAAGAUUUGGACAGGUUUUCGGAGGACAGUUAGUUGGACAGGCGUUGGCCGCAGCAACAAAAACUGUUGAUUGUCUCAAAGUCGUCCAUAGUUUGCAUGCACAUUUUUUGCUUGUCGGGGAUUUCAACACACCAAUUAUAUAUCAAGUUCACCGAGUACGUGAUGGAAAGAGCUUUGCUACUCGAAGAGUAGAUGCAAUACAAAAAGGGAUAAACAUAUUCACUUUACUGGCUUCCUUUCAAAAAGAAGAAGAAGGUUCUGUCCACCAGGAAGCCAUAAUGCCAUCUGUGCCUCCCCCAGAUACGCUCCCAUCAAUGGAAGAACUGCGCGAAAGACGCCUUUUUGAUCCCCGUCUUCCAAGAACUUAUCGAAUCAAGGUAGCUGCAAAGGAGUUUGUCCCGUGGCCAAUUGAGAUACGAUUUUGUGAACCUAGUAGCCGGACCAAUCAGACUAAAUCUCCACCAAGAUUGAGGUUCUGGUUUAGAGCAAAAGGAAAACUUUCAGAUGAUCAGGCUUUGCAUAGAUGUGUUGUGGCUUAUGCUUCAGAUUUGAUAUUCGCUGGUGUUAGUCUGAAUCCUCACCGUAGAAGAGGACAUAAAACUAGUCAAGUUAGUUUGGACCAUGCAAUGUGGUUUCACCGCCCCCUUAGAGCUGAUGACUGGUUACUACAUGUGAUAGUGAGUCCCAUUGCCUAUAAUGCACGCGGCUAUGUCACAGGCCAAAUGUUCAACACCAAGGGAGAGCUUGUUGUAUCAUUGACUCAAGAGUCCCUGAAUAGGCCAAUUAGACCAACUCCGGCUGUCACAUCUAAGUUGUGAUAUGCAGUCAUCACAUCCAAAAGAGCACAGCGAUGGUGUCUCAAUGAACCAAUUUUAGUUUAGGUUCAAGAUUUCGGCACGGGUUUAUAUAAACAUAUAGAAUAACAGGGUCUUAGCAUUUGUUACCAAAAUGCUUACAAGAUAAUGUAUAAUGAUGUGCUGUACACAAGAAAUUAUAAAUUUUAAUUUCGCUUGCUUAAGAUGUAGCAGUUGUAACUUGUACUACAUUUCAUUUAUAACGAGAUUUGAAUAGUGUUCUCAAGUGAAA